GAAAAAGGAGUCGAGUCGAGUGGAUGAAGAGGAGGAGGAGGGAGUGAGGCUCUUCUCCUCUCCCUCUAAGAGCAUUAACUGUAGAGUGUUCUGGUAGUGACAGGGCUGUCAGGGUCAGAUGGCUGCUCAGCCUGAUUAGACCAGCUCACAGCAGAUCCUCAGUUGCACUGCUACAGCAAGGUAGAGCUACACUGCACGUACAGUACAAACAUCGCAGCGGCUGCUGAGAGGCCAGGGGGUACAGGGAGAGGUGGGUAGUGCAGUGUUACAGUGGGGCAGAGCAACAGGUUGUUGCAGGAAGAUUUUUUUCUGCUGGUUGACCACCAGACAUUUCAGCGUAUAGAGGCAGAAACAGACAAGAAGCAGGUGGAGUUUACUGUGGAGAAGAGGCAGAAGAACUGAAGUCUGUGGUUGGGGAUGUCAUUGAAUAGCAGCAGCCAAGCUGUCCACUGAGAACUGCUGGUUGAUGGAGUUUGUGCGGCGGAGUGGUGACUACUGCCACGCCCAACACAUUUAGAGCCUGUCUGGGAUGAAGCUGCACAAUGCAGUCCUGCGGCUGUGAAACCUGAAAGACCGUUGGCCUUUGCCCUCUGAACCAGCCAGCUGAUGGGGUAACUCGUGGGGCCUCGACACUGGAAGCUAACUGGAGAGAGAAGGAACGAGAGCACUAUUGAGAGACACAGAGAGAGAAGGACUGAAGCAGUGACAAUAAGAGAGAUAAAAGCAGAGAGACAGACAGAGAGAGAGAGAGAGCUGCACACUGUGACUUCCUGAACUGUAGGAUACAGUCAAGUGAUGGAGUAAGACAACAGGAUCUCAGAAUUGGGGAAAAUACUUUCAAGGCGAUAAAAAACAAAGUCCCCCAACAGGAAGUUGACAAGAGACAGGAAGUCCUGGAGACCUGAUUUAAACAGCUACCUGCUUCAGCUUGAGCCAAAGUAAAAGGUCAGAGGUCAUCCUUGGAUGUCAAAGGCCACACUGGGCACCAUGAAUCGUCCAGCUCCAGUGGAACUGUGCCACAAGAACAUGAGAUUCCUCAUCACACACAACCCCACAGACAGCACACUCAGCUCCUUCAUAGAGGACCUGAAGCGCUACGGUGCCACCACAGUUGUUCGAGUCUGCGAUGUCACCUAUGAUAAAACACCAUUGGAGAAAGACGGCAUCACUGUGGUGGAUUGGCCGUUUGAUGACGGAGCCCCGCCCCCCAGUAAGCUGGUUGAUGAUUGGUUGAGUCUGCUGAAGAAGAAGUUUCAGGAGGAUCCAGGAUGCUGCGUGGCUGUUCACUGUGUGGCGGGACUGGGAAGGGCUCCUGUGCUGGUUGCUCUAGCUCUGAUAGAGAGUGGGAUGAAGUAUGAAGAUGCUAUCCAACUCAUCAGACAGAAGCGUCGUGGAGCCAUCAACAGUAAACAACUAACCUACCUGGAGAAAUACAGAUCCAAGCAGAGACUCCGCUUCAAAGACUCUCAUGCACAAAAGAACAAGUGUUGCACAAUGUGAACACACACAGACACACAGACACAUACACAGACACACACACACGCACACACACUCAGACAUAUUGUACCCCUCAAAUGCUCUCAGGAAUACCACCAUACGAGCCUUGUGUCACUGUCACAAACACUAAAAUAUAUGGGCUUCAUUAGUCCGUGUGUACCCUGACAAUUUUGAAUGUUUUUACUGCAGCUUUAGACUUCUUGACUUUUAAAGAUUAUUUAAUCGGCAUGUUUGCUUUAAAAUAUAGUUUACAGUGAAAAAAAACUGACAAAGAUAGGCGAGGGAGAGAAAAAUCACAUAAAAAGUUACGUUUUGUGGCUAAUUUGUGAUGCAUAUUUGUUCUAGAGACAGAGCUGGGUCAGAGAUAGUGUGUUGAGGUUUAUAAAUCACAUUGUUAUUUUUGACGAAACAAAUCCAUAGUGAACACCAAAGGGGACAAAGGGGAUUUAUUAUGAUAUAAAUUAUAUUGGCCUUCAAAACCUCAAAUCAUACCAGAUAUUUUGUGAGAAUACCACUGAAUUUACAUUACUUUUUACAGAUGCUGAUUCUGUUUAAACGUCACCUUGAUCAGGGUAUAAAAGGACAUGCAGUAUUGCUGUGAUUCUUUCUGUUUUAUGGAAUGAAAAACCCUUUACAUAGGCUACCUUUUAAACAAUGUUGGGAGACUAAAACUAUACACACUUAAACACAGGGCUAAAAUCAUUUUAGCGGGUCAGUGUUUUUACUGUAAAUUUGUGUCAAAACUCAAAGUUGACUCUCUCUUUUACAUUAUUCCUGUUGGUGUCUGUUCUCAGUGUAACUGGAGAUACAAGGGCUCAUUUUCAUCCCACUAUUUUCUGCCAUUCAUUAAAAAUCUCUUAAAAAACAGCUUCUAAAUUGCUAGGUGAAGCACUGUAGUAAAUAUAAAGCCUUCAUUUGGUGUUGACUAAUUCACCGUUUUAAUAUGACUUCAUUGAGCUCAAGUUAUGUGUUUACAUAUCAGUGUGUGCAUUAUAUUAUGCUCUGUUUACCGACACCCACAGAUGGAGACAUCUUUGUCAGCAGCAGCUGAUUUCAAACCAGGAAUAAAGCUGGGGUAGGCAGUUUAAUUUGGGUAUCACUGGGCAAACCCCCCCCCGUAAUAAACAUUAAGCAAAUUGAAAUUCGAGCGGUCUGAGAGAAAACAAGACUUCUGCACCUCCUCUUGGCUGUCUUCAUGUUUUGGAAAAUUUGGUCCGUAACAAGAGACUUUGGCCAAUCACGGGUCACUUCAGACAGAGAUUGUUCCUGUUGGCUGUUCUACUAAUGCAGAUGUGCGAGUAUGUCCGUUCGGUGAAAGCCUGACUCAGUGGUGGAGAAUCCUGCAGAGAAAGUUGUUAUCUCCAGCUUGGCAACAAAAAAAAUAACCCAAAGAGGGACGACAGACUUAUCAAAAAGAGAGUCUGAAAGAGAAUCUGACAAUAAACACAGUAAAAC